AUGGGUCGCGCUCCCGGUCUCACCAACUUUGACCUAAUCGCCUCCCCAAAAUAUGCACCGGUCCUGCGCGGGCCGGAUAAGCCUCUCCUCAGCCGUGAUCACAUCAUCAAACGAACACACCACGCUUAUUAUCAGCUCCUUGAGGACGUAGACGAAGAAAUUACAACUUCAAACGACAUGUCGGACGUAGAGGACGCACCAGUUGAUGUCGCCGCCGAGGAGGUUGAAGUCACCCAAGAUGCCGAUGCCCCCAAAGGUGGUCAAAUGAGUGUCGAAGAUGCUCUCAAGAAAGUCCUCAAGACUGCCCUCGUUCACGACGGUCUCGCCCGAGGUCUCAGAGAGGCCGCCAAGGCUCUUGACAAACGACAAGCACAUCUCUGUGUGCUCAACGAAGGUUGCACGGAAGAGGCCUAUGUCAAACUGAUCGAAGCCCUUUGCUCCGAACACAAGAUCAACCUCAUCAAGGUUGGAGAUGGAAAACUCCUGGGCGAAUGGUGUGGCCUGUGCAAGAUUGACCGAGACGGCACAGCUCGAAAGGUUGUUUCAUGCUCUUGUGUCGUAGUCAAGGAGUUCGGACAGGAGUCAGAGGCUCUCAAUGUCUUGCUCGAUCACUUCGGCAGCCGUUAA